AUACAUAAAAUCAAUCGUGACAUAUUAAUUUUGUAAAUAUCAAUUAAUAAACAAUACAAAUAAAAAUAAACAUUAAAAUAUAAAUGUAAAUGAGAUCUUGCAAUUUAGAGUAACAAAAAUAAGUGCUUGUUCUGACACCGAUUGUUAAAUUGAGUUUAAAGUCAGGAAGAAGAAUAAUGAAGAACAACAAGAGCAAUUGAAUAAAUGUAAAAUAAAAAAUAAAUAACAUUCUAGACGACCAUGAUCAUGUAAAAUUCGACCUCCAUUGGAAUUUAAAAUAACAAAAUUUACUUGACAUUUCGAGGUUUUUUAUUCAAUUAAUAGUUAAAUAAUUGGCAAUGAUUAUUUGAUGAUAAUUUAUUAUAUUUUAUUUAAGUAUUAUAUUGCCACAAAAGUAUUAUUUUGUUUUAUUUAUUUAAAAUAAAUUUAACAUAAAUGUACUGGUUUAUAUAUCAAUGUCUCGAUACAUGACUUCUAAAAUUUGUUUCAAGUUUUAAGAGUGGGAAAAACUUUUGUCUUCCGUACCACUACUAUUUUUUACAUCUAAAUAUCUAAACUUAGAUCACUCCUAAAUUGCUUUAAGCUCAGUACACAUCAGCUAAUAUAUCUUAAGCGUUUUGUGUCUCUUAUUUCAUUACAAGAAAUUUUUGCAAUAAUUAUCAAAUUAAUUUCUGUAAAUAAUUAUUAUAUUUUCGUGAUUCAGGUCAUCAUCUUUAUUUUGGUUUUUAUUAUUUUUUUAAUUUAACAUGGCAUACAGCUGGGACAAUCGUGUCAGUUUUAUUGUCAGAUUUUUAUAUGAUAUUGAUAAUAAUGGUGUACUUGAACAACAUGAUUUUGAAUGUAUGGCAUUAAAAAUGACACUGAUUGAGGGUAAAGGUGAUUUUAAUUGCAAUCGUUAUCAAGAAAAUCUUCAUAUUAUGCUAUCACUGUGGGAAGAAAUUGCUGAACUUGCUGAUUUUAAUAAGGAUGGAGUUGUUACAGUUGAAGAAUUCAAAGCAGCAGUACAAAAAAGUUGUCUAGGUAGAACAUAUAGAGAUUUUCCACAAUCAAUGAAAAUGUUUAUUGAUAGUCAUUUUAAAUUAGUUGACAUUAACGAUGAUGGAGUUAUUGCUGCUGAUGAAUUUCGUUAUAAUUGUGUAACUAGAAUUCCUGUUGAUAGCAUUGAUGUUCUUAAUGAAUCAUAUCAAAAUUUAUUGACAGAUGAUGAUAGAAAACGAGGAGGCUUGACAUUAUCACGUUACCAAGAACUCUACGCACAAUUUCUUGGCAAUCCUGAUGAAAAUUGUGCUGCUGUUCAUCUCUUUGGACCUCUACAUGAAAUGUGUUAACUAGUAUGUCAUUUAACAUUCAAAUAUUAUUUCAUUAAUCUCAUUUGACCAGGAGAAAAAGAAUUUUAUUAGACAAUCACCGGAAUAAAUAUUUCAUGAUUUUUUCACGUAAUCUUCAUUAUCAAACUCAGGAGUUGUUCGAAUACAAUAAGUACAAUCAUUAUCUUCAUUAAAAGUUUUAAGGGAAGUUUAUUUUAAAAAUAAAAAAAUUUUAUCGUUAUUUUUAAACAAAUUUA